GUGUAUCGUGGUCUUUACUUCGGAAUGUAUGAUUCUUUGAAUCCUGUCGUCCUAACAGGGAAAUUGCAGGAUAGCUUCUUUGCUAGCUUUGCACUUGGUUGGGUGAUCACAAAUGGUGCUGGGCUUGCUUCCUAUCCAAUUGACACAGUCCGAAGAAGAAUGAUGAUGACAUCUGGUGAAGCUGUGAAAUACAAAAGCUCUCUCGAUGCAUUCUCUCAGAUCCUCAAGAACGAGGGCCCGAAAUCUCUCUUCAAGGGUGCUGGUGCAAACAUUCUCCGUGCCAUUGCCGGAGCUGGUGUGCUUGCAGGUUACGACAAACUUCAGAUGAUUGUGUUUGGAAAGAAGUAUGGUUCUGGUGGAGCCUAAACAAGGGUGUUCUUCUCUUGUCUGUUAUGCUUAUAGAUGGUGAUGAAAAUCUGGGUUGAUAAACAAACACAAUUCAUUUCAAAACUUCCAGUCAGUUGAAUAAUUUAGUUUAGAGAGGGUUUUAUCUCCUUGAAAUUUUAAUUUUUUCUUCUAAAAUUGAUUCUAUUGUUGAAAAUUUCUCAACAUUACUUCAUCUAUUUUUUGUGCUAUUGAUUAAACCCUUCCCCCAAGAAAUGAAAAUUAGUUUAUCAGAGUAUUUGUUCUACUGAA